UGCGGUACGGUUGAACGUCUCAUGUUUUAUUCUGAAAAGCCCCUGUACCGGAAGAGGCUCUUUGUCCAUCACGUAGAGGUGUCCGUCAAGUGUCAGGACGCCUUUUUUUCCCUCCUGGACAAAACAAACACUCGCCGAACAAAAUGUUGGAUUGGCCCUCAUUCCCCGUGAUGGUCCGGAGUACGUCGCCUCAUUUGUAGUCUUUGUGGUUUCAGACUGAGUUAAUCCAGAAGCAGGAGGGAUGCCUGUCGAGAGCGGGAGUGGCGGUGUUGGUGGCGGCGGAGGCGGUGGCACCGGUGCGGUCCGGCAGGCCAAGCAGAAAAGGAAGUCUCACAGUCUGUCCAUACGCAGGACCAACAGCACGGAACAGGAACGAGCCGGCUUCCUGCAGAGGGACAUGCAGCUGGAUACGCAGGACUCCAAGCUUCCAUUGUCUCUGAGGAGCAACCUAGUGGACCUGUUCAGUCAAAUUGAGAGGGAGUUUGAGAACCUUUACAUUGAAAACCUUGAACUUCGCCGAGAGAUUGACACGUUGAAUGAGCGCUUGGCUGCAGAUGGACAGACAGUGGAGGGUGCAGACUUGACCAAAGGAGCAUUGAAAACAAAGACCAGCCACAGCACCAGUCAGCUGUCCCAGAAGCUGAAGACCACCUACAAGGCCUCCACCAGCAAGAUAGUGUCCAGUUUCAAAGCCACCACGUCCAGAGCUGUAUGCCAGCUGCUCAGAGAGUAUGUGGGCCACCGAGACGGCAUCUGGGACCUGAGUGUGACACGGACCCAGCCCACCGUUCUCGGAACCGCAUCUGCAGACCACACGGCCAUGUUGUGGAGCAUUGACACAGGCAAAUGUCUGCUCAAGUAUCUGGGCCACCAAGGAUCAGUCAACUCCAUCAAGUUUCACCCCACUGAGCAGAUGGCGCUAACAGCCUCUGGAGAUCAGACUGCUCACGUGUGGAGGUUCCUGGUGCAGCUGCCCACGCCACAGCCCGUUGCCGACGUCACCCCGCCCUGCGAGGAUGACGUUGACUUCUCCGACAAGGACGAAGCAGAAACGGAGUUGGACGGGCCCAACGAGUGCCCGUCGGUGCGCAUUGCCAGUACCACGCUCCGCAGCCACCAGGGCGUUGUGAUCGCUGCCGACUGGCUGGUGGGUGGAAAGCAGGUGGUGACGGCAUCCUGGGAUCGAGCCGCCAACCUCUACGACGUCGAGACGUCAGAGCUGGUGCACUCACUCACUGGUCACGACCAGGAGCUGACGCACUGCUGCACUCACCCCACCCAGCGAUUGGUUGUCACCUCUUCCAGAGACACAACCUUCAGGCUGUGGGACUUCCGAGACCCGUCCAUCCACUCAGUGAACGUCUUCCAGGGACACACUGACACGGUGACGUCGGCCGUGUUCACAGUGGGUGACAACGUGGUGUCGGGCAGCGACGACCGCACUGUCAAAGUGUGGGACCUGAAGAACAUGCGCUCACCCAUUGCCACCAUACGCACGGACUCAGCCGUUAACAGGAUCAGCGUGUCGAUGAGUCAGAGGAUCAUCGCUCUCCCUCACGACAAUCGUCAAGUGCGACUGUUUGACAUGUCCGGCGUGCGCUUGGCCAGACUGCCGCGCAGCAACAGACAGGGCCACCGCCGUAUGGUGUGUUGCUCAGCAUGGAGCGAGGACAACGCCUCGUGCAACUUGUUUACGUGCGGCUUCGACCGCCAGGCCAUCGGCUGGAACAUCAACAUCCCCGCCCUACUGCAGGAGAAGUAACCCCCAAUGCCACCAAUUCUUUCGGGGCUUUUGUUGCUAACACGUCACUUGAGUUUUCAUAUAUCGGUUAAAAGUACACCACAGCUCGGCUUCACGAGCGGGAAAGGAUGCUGACGUACACUGAACACUUUGUGUGCGUGUGUGUGUGUGUGUCUCCUUCAAAACAACGUGCCAUCGAUGAAAAAGCAAGCACAACACGCUCCAAUGCAUGAAGUCUCACAGCACCAUCAACAUCAACAGCAAUUAUUCUGUUUCCUUGGAGUCGAGAAGAUUCACAAAAUGUGAAUGUACACGUUGGGUACAAGCCACACAAUCUACAUGUGUGAAAUGGCUACUUCAAACUAGCAUAGCCGACUUCCCGUUUACUUUCCACCGUGGGUCCUUGAGAUAUUUUGGAUCGUUCGGUUAUGAUGAACAUGUCCACCCGAUUUCAUGUUUAUUGGUGAAACUACUGUCCGGUGGCUGAUUUAUAUUUUUUGUAGCCAGGCGGCACCAGUGAGUUGCUGUUGCAGCAUGUGGUUCACUUCAUUAGGAACACCUAUGAGAAAACGUGACAGCAUUUCACCUGGCUAAGUUUGUGUUAGUAGCUAUUGUGCUGCCCCCUAUCGGUGCGGAGUAACAAUUUCAUUUAAUUCCACCGAAGAUUUUAAAAUUCUCUUUGGUGCUGAAAAGACACAAAUUUAUUUUGUCUGUGCGGGGGGGGGGGGGGGGGGGGG